AUCAAUCUUUCUAACAUACAGUCCAUAAACAGAAUACAUUUAGAGUACUUUUACACCUCCAUCCGAUGAACAUAUGUAAACAAUGGCUAUUUGAGCUAGCUUGCAAAUGGACAAUAAAAGGCUAGCAACGCUAGCUAAAUGAAGUAGCUGUCUUGUUCCAAGGCUUGACUUGGAUGAAGUAGCUGUCUUGUUCCAAGGCUUGACAUGGAUGAAGGAGCUGUCUUGUUCCCCCACUUUUCAAUCCAUCUCCAGCCUUCCAUGUCUGAGCCCAAGUCCCAGGGUUCUGGUGGUGGUGUUGCAGGCCAGAGAAGCUCACAGGGGGGUCCAGAGGUGGUAAUAGUGAAGCUGGAGGACUGCGGUCAACCACUGGUGCUAAAUGUGAUCGUCAAAGAGGAAGAGGAGGAGAGAGGAAUUGAGGAGGGAGAAAUGAAUAAGGCGUUUAAACACGAGUUGGAAGAGAAGGUAGUCAAAGAGGAGGUGGAGGAAAUAUCCCUUAAAGAAGAAGGGCUUGAGAGCAGGGAAGAGAAGGAAGUAGAUGGUGACACUGACCCGGGAGGAAGACCAAUAAACACGGAACCAGAACCAGAGACGUCCCAACCGGAUCAGAGCCUUACUCAGCCAGAGGGCCAGAAGUCACAGGAGAGAGUGCACAGUGGGAAGAAGACUCACCAAUGUUCUCAGUGUGGGAAGAGUUAUUCUCAAGCAGGGAGCCUGAAUAGGCAUAAGAGAAAACACACAGGAGAGAAGCCUUUCAACUGCUCACAGUGUGAAAAGAGAUUUGACCGUCUAGAAAAUCUAAAAGAACAUGAGCGAAUACAUACGGGAGAGAAGCCUUACAAAUGCUCACAGUGUGAAAAGAGAUUUAACCAUCUUGGAAACCUGAAAGAACAUGAGAGAAUACACACAGGAGAGAAGCCUCAUCACUGCUUCCAAUGUGGGAAGAGUUUUACCUUGUCAAGACACCUGAAAGAACAUAAGAAGAUACACACAGAAGAGAAGCCUUACAAAUGCUCUCAGUGUGAAAAGAGCUUUAUUCAGCUAGGCAACCUGAAAGAACAUGAGAGGAUUCAUACUGGAGAGAAGCCUUACAAGCGGGCCUUCUGGGAAGACCCCUUUUCUGCUAUACUGGACCGAACACAUCAACAAGAAACGGCUUGCCUAACUCCCCUCAUGUUCCCCCAGGGGCGCUCUUAA